AUGUCGUUCAGCAUCGCCCUCCGCCAUGGGCCUGCGCGCCUGGCGCAGCGUCUCCCGCAACUCUCCCAACCCUCGGCCUCGGCCGUCUUCCGCACGACGGCCACCCGGGCCUUCCACCAGGCCUCUCCCAAGACUACCAGAUCUUCCGCCGCCGGCCUCACCUCGACCUCGUUCGCCGCCGCUGCCCGCAACGCCUUCCGCGGCUCCUCGAGGACCUACAUGCAACAGGCCGCGCCCGGCGCCUACGGCAACCAGUCGAGCCCCAUGCGCAAGCUGUUGGUUACGGGCGCCAUCUUCGGCGGCUCCCUCGUGGCUAUCAACCUCGUCUUCAACCGCGAGACCCGCGACGACGGUGGCAUGCCCGUCUACGAGCGCGAGUACCUCAACGACACCUUCCUCCACACCGGUCUGGGCGUCGGCAUCAUCGCCAUGAGCGCUCGCCAGAUGAUCAAGUCGGGCUUCGUCUACCGCCUGAUGGUGACUAACCCCUGGGUCGUCGGUCUCGGCGGUCUCGCUCUCAGCUUCGCCACCAUGUACGGCACCCGCGCCAUCUCGCCUGACAACUACAUUCCCAAGUACGCCAUGUGGGCCGCCUUCAACGCCACCCAGGCCGCCAUGAUCGCUCCGAUGCUCACGAUGGUCCCGGGUGCGCUCCUCGCUCGCGCCGGCCUCUACACCGUCGCCAUGAUGGGCAGCUUGUCCAUCGUCGGCGCCACCGCCAAGCAGGACAAGUACCUUUACAUCGGCGGGCCCCUCCUUGCCGGCCUUGGCGUCGUCCUCGCCUCGAGCAUGGCCCCGAUGCUGCUGCCCGUCACCGCUGUCCGCACCCUCGCGCUGACGGAGAGCAUCUCGCUGUACGGUGGUCUUGCCGUCUUCGGCGGUUUCACCCUCUACGAUGUGCAGAAGAUUCUGCACCACGCCCGUCUCGCCGAGCGCGGUGUCAUCCGCAAGGACGCGGUCAACGAGAGCAUCGCCCUCGAGCUUGACUUUAUCAACAUCUUUGUGCGCAUGGUUCAGAUCCUGACGAUGCAGCAGAACCGUAGGAGAUAA